GCGUUCAAGAAAUAGUUUCCAUUUGUUUUGCCUCUUGCGUCGUUUUGACUUUCCAAUUCUAUAUACUAUAAUAGUAUAUUAUAUUACUUAUUGAAAUUUCUCAAAGGUACUAGAAUUUAUUGUAAUUGUUCAAAUGACAAAUAGAAAAAAAAGUUUUUAUUUAUUUAUUUUUUUUUUCAAUAAUUUUCGUUUCAUGUGCGAUUAAAAAUAAUGUUAAACAUCACGAAACUAUAUUCUCAUUGGCUGUGUGUGAUUUCAUGUAAAAUGUUGUUUUAUUUAUAUUAAAAAUAUAAGCAGCAACAACAAACUAAGAUUGUGGUGUUAAUAUUUAACAUUAUAGUCGAAUUAUUCUAAUCAUCGUUCAUCGAUACAAAUAAUUGGAGGAGAAAAAAAAAGGAAUUAAUUUAAAAAAAAGUAAAAAAUAAUGACCACAAUGGAAUCGGAUUCCGAAAGUCAAGACAGUGAUGACGGACGUCGAUUUCGAUUUGAAGCUACUAGAAAAGAUGCAACAACAAUAAUUUCCAAAUAUCGUGAUUCACCAUAUUCUAGUCGUUUAGAGCAACAAUCAAGAUCUCCAGGACCAUCAUCGGAGAGAAAUAGAAGGGAUAAUGAAAAAUUUCUAAAUCGUGGACGUGAUUCUCGCUCUAGAUACGAUUCAAGACAUUCCUCUAGAGAUAGUGAUUCAAAGGAUCGUCGUGAUCGGCAUUCAUUUCAAAAAUAUCUCAAGGAUUCAAAAGAUGCACACGAUUCAAAACAUUUGAAACAAAGGGACGAUAAGGAUUAUAAAAAUUUAUCAUUACAAAAAGAUAGAGAUGAAUGUGACAUAAAGAAAGAAUCAAAAAUUUCACGUUCCAAUGAAAAAGAUUUAAAAAUACAACAAAGAGAAUCAAGAAAUUCACGUGAUGGUAAUAGAAAAAGAUCACGUGAUAGAAGUCGUAGUGAUAGAUCAUCGAGUGAUAGACAUAAAUUAAAAUAUCAUGAAAAACAUAAAAGUCAUUCAAAAGACAAAGAUCGUAUUUUAGGAAAAAAUGAAAAACACCAAAAAAUUUCUAACGAGCCAAAAUAUGAUAAUGAUAAUAAUUUAUCAAAAACAAAAAUUUCAACACAAAAUUUAUGUCGUGAAUUUAACAUAUCAGAUUUUGAAAUUGUUUCCGAUCUUGAAGAAUUUUCAUCCGAUUGUUCAAAUGACAGUAAUAAUGAUAAUAAAACAAAAUUAAAAAAACGACAUACAAAGCAACAAAAUUUGGAAUUAAUUGACAAUGAAAUAGAGAGAAAAAAAUUUAAUGAUGAUCUGCAAAAGGUAAAUUCAAGAAAUGGUAAUCAUUCAUCAAGUUCAAGUAAUAAUAAUCCUAGUGCCUUUUCAGAUUAUUCAUUAGAAUCAUCAAAUAAAAAAAUUCAAGACAAUGAAAAAAUGACAAAUCGAUUGACGUCGAUUGAAACUGUUAUUUCACGUGAUUUUAGUUAUAAUGAAAAAAUAAUUAAAUCAAAUGAAAAAAAUUCUGGUGAUAAUAAUGAAGAUAUUAGUGAUAUUGAUGAAGAAAAUGAAAAUAGAAAAAUUGUAAUUGGACCAAUAAUGCCAUCUUCGAGUCAAUCAACAAUUCAAGAUAAUAAUCUUUUGUCAAAAAAAUGGGAAAAAAUUUCUAAAAGUAAAAAGCAUCAAAAUGAAGAAUUAUUGGAUCAGUCUUCUCAAAAAAGAACUAUUGGACCUACUUUACCUCCUCAUCUUUUAGUUAAAAAAUUAGACAGUGAUGAUGAUGACGAUGAUGAUGAUGUUUAUGGACCUGUUUUACCAUCUCAUUUAACAAAAAAAGAAAAAACACAAAAAGUUUAUGGUCCUACCUUGCCUAGUGAAUUGAAGACCGACGAUGUGUCUGCCGAAUCUGAUGAUGAUGAUGUUAUAGGACCUUUGCCUGCUGAUCAUUCGGCUCAUAAAACAAGUAUUGUGCAACAAAGUCUUGAAUUGAGAGCACAACGAAUUCAAUACCAAUUAAUGACACAGCGGACGAAUAAAGAAAAAAAAAGAGAAGAAUGGAUGACAGAGUUACCUCCAGUUCAAGCUGUAUCAUUGGGACUGGGUCCUCGAAAAUUCAAAACCCGAGAUGGUCCAGAUUUAUCUGAUAGAUCCUCUUGGAGCGAUACACCGGCAGAUAAAAUGCGAAAAAAACAGGAAAAGGCUGAGGAACAAUUAGCAGCCUUAGCUACUGAACAGGAACCAAUUAAAGAAUUCUUUGUAAAAGAAGAGUCUUCUGAAAAGUCAAAGAAACGACAUAAAUCAUUAUUGGAAAUACAUCAAAAGAAAUUGAAAAAGAAAAAGAAGAAAGAAGAAAAAGAGGCUAGGGAAAAAAAUAAAUCUACAAGACGACCAUUCGAUCGUGAUGUUGAUUUAGAAUCCAAUAGAUUUGAUGAAGCUCAAAAGAAACAUAUUUUUAUGAAGGCCCAAUUGCUUGACGACAGAUUCACUCGAGGAAAAAUGUAAGACUUUAAUUUUUGAAAAAUAGCAAUUUAAUUUAAAAAUUACAAAAUGAGACAAUUUAGAAUUUUUGACGAGUACAAAGAAAGAGAUAGAGAGAAAGUGAGAAAAAAAAUAGUGAAUUGGACAAAAAAGGAAAAUUCAAAAAUUAAAUUUUGUUAAAUCAGAGAGAAACUGUAAAAUAAUUUAAUGUAUAAAACAAAACUUUGAUUUUUUCUUGAGAAAGUCUUACUGUUAUUAAAAUUUUUUUUCUGUAACAUAUUGAAUGGUAUUUAGGAUUUUGUAUCGAAUAAAGCAAAUAUAUAUUUGCAAAAAAAAUUUAUUUUAUAUUUAAAUUCGACUUUUGAUAUUAUUUUUUUAUAAUUAACGAUGUUUGUUAGUUUUGAAAGAAAUUCAAUUCUUUUUUUUUUCUACGAAUAACGUGAGACUGAAACCCUCUUGAAAAAUCACAAUUAGAAGAAAAGAUUCUUUUAAAUUCAAAAACCAAUAUUGCCGAUUAAUGUACAGUACAUAAAUAAUAUAUAUGUAAUUUUUUGUACACAAUUCAUAAAGAAUAUUUGCAUCCCAAAAAUUUCACUAUUUACGAAGCGAUUUUCUAAGUUAAUGUUAAAAAAAAAGGAAAAAUUCAUUCUUUACGAUCUACAUACACAUGUAGUACGAAAAAAUUACUAGUAAACUAUUUUACUAUAUUUAUAUUAUAAUUAAUAAUUUAAUACAAAAUUAAUAAAAUUCUUCGAAUGUAAUUAAUUGAAAUUUAAGUAAUUCAUUUUUUUUGUAAAUAAAUUUAAAUUUAAUUCUCUAAAUAUUUGAGAAUUAUACACUUAUAAGAAUUAGUACAAUUUUUAGAAUUAAAAAAAAAAAAAAAAAAAAAAUUAAAAUUAGGAAGCGAUAUAAUUAUAAUUAAUAGGUUUUGAAAUUUACCCGUAUCUCUUUUUUUAGAUUCACAAUUUAUUUUACUUUUUGUUUAAGUGUGGAUCUUUUUUAUAUUUUGUGAAAACAAUUAAAUAUUGUUCAUUUGAAAAA